AUGGAAACAAACUCUGUGGCAUCUUCUUGUAUGAAUCAAGGAGAAACCGUUUCGACACACAGUGAUGCUAUCGCACCGCCUUCCAAUGGUCAAUGCAUAGUUCUAGAAUCUGGUUGCAUACACCCAAAUUCAAGAAGCAGCAGUAAUGAACAGCACAGAAGUGAUCAGAUGGUGGAUAUUGCAGCAUUAGAUAGCCAUCACUCGCAUACCAUUGCUUGGCAAAACUCAUCAGUGCAUGUCCAUGUCGAACCGAUUUCCGGAUGGAGCGAGACAACACCCACUAGAACCUUGGAUCUUUCUCUCGCAAGACAGUUUUCCACGAACAUGUCCAAUAGAAUGGCUGGCAUCUCAACAUCGAUGCAACGCAUGGUGACUCGUCCAACAGCAACGCCAACAGCCAAUGCAGCCUCACUAUCUAUAUUAAGGAUGCCAUCCACCGCCAUAUCCUUACCGCCUACUUACAAACUGUACAGCGAAAAAAACACGAGUGAUCAGCAGUUACGCCAAAAGAUAGCAGAGCUCACAAGAUUAGAAGCAUGCUAUCGAUCCAAUCCAGGUGCAGUCAUUUACGAGUUUAUGUGGGGAGAUCCAGUGGAUGGGACAAAAGGGAUUGCAUGGAAAGACAUGUGCAACACAUGCUUCCUACUACAAUUUACAGGCUUUUACAUGAUCUUUUGGAUACUCUUGUUGGGAAUUGCUGGAUGCUUGUCGUUGUUUGUGGAGAAAUUACCUGGUCCUAUAUUGCUGCUGUGGCUACCCAUCUUGUUGUUUCUAGCGGGUGUCUACAUGGCUCGCAAGAGAUAUAGAAAGCAGUUGCAAGAUUUGGAGGAGCUGGAAGUGUAUGUGGAGGAAGGCACGAGAAAGGAGAAUUGA